AUGAAUUACCCCUUCAACAUGGCGCCGUCUUCCCGCGUUACCUGCCCAGUUUUCGAUGCCACCGGCACAAUGUCCCAUUUUCCCCGCAGAAUCGGAGUCCGAAUGGGACUACGAGUGAUUUUGGUUUUCGUGAGCGCGUUCCUGCUUUUAGACUCUCUACCCUUUUCCGGGUGCGUCCGAGCUGUGGCUGACGAACCAACGGACCCAGCCUGUGUGAUUGCCGGGGCUGUGACCAAGUGCACUUGCACAAGCAAGGAGGUGACUAACAAGGAUCUCACAGCAACCCUGUCUCAAGAGAAAAACGUCCUUGAAAUUGGCUGCAAGCAAAGUGACCUUACAUGUGCACCUGAAAAUUUAGAUGACAGUGCGGUCUGUCCAUCGAGCACUACAAACCUGAGGGACUGCAAAACCCCACCAGGAACUGACACUCCAUUCAACAUCAACACCCUUCUCAGUGGCUCCUCACCAAACGUAUCCUGGCAGCCCUGUACUGACUGUGAUAGCGACAGCGGGUGCACCACUAAGAAGCUGACAAUCCCUCCCGAGAAUUUCCCCAUCGUCGACCAAAAGUUCAUGGUCGGUUGCGUACAACCAAACACAAAAGAUACAAUGAAGGUAACAGUGACGCUGGAAGCGAGAGCAAGUGCGACGGAAGAUCACAUCGUCAAAUGUGCGUACGGAAAGAAUAGCAAUACAGCACACCAAACCGUCACGCUGAGUCGGGAGAAGAACAGCUUCACUCUGGUGUGUGGCGACCAGGGAGACGUACUCCCGACAAACUACCAAGAGAAGUACUGUGUGAGUGAAUCCGGGAACGAAGCCUCCGACUCCUGCACUGGAUCGUAUCAAGGUAUUUUCCCGAAUUACGAAACGACCUGGUGGACGAAAACCACAGACAGAAACGAAUACAAGUUCACGGUUCCAGAUGGGCAAUUCCCGGCAGAGGAACAGAAGAUCACUGUUGGCUGUCAAAAGAAGGCAACCUGUGAGAACGGAAAGCAGAGCACGAAGACCGAUGAAAAGGAUUCGAGUGUAUGCAGCGUUGACGUCACGGUUGUGGCAUCUGCAGCAUCAUCUGGGGCGUUGACAUGUGGUAUGGCCGUCCUGUUGCUGUCGUUGGCAGGGUUUUUCUCCACAACUCUACUGUAG